UGAGUAGAAGCAGCGCAGUGAAGGUCAGUGGAGGGAAGAUGGCGGCGGCGGCGGUGAGGAUAAUCGGAUCUAAUCUGAGUAAGAACCUGAGAGAGAUCAGACUGCACUUCUGUCAGAAUCAGCCCUCCAGCCAGGGAGUCCGGGAUUUUGUACGUGAUCACUAUGUGACUCUGAAGAAAGCGAAUCCUGAGUUUCCAAUCCUGAUCAGAGAAUGUUCUGGAGUUCAGCCGCGACUGUGGACUCGAUACGCGUUCGGUAAGGAGCAGAAGGUGGCGCUGGACAACAUGACCGCUGAGCAGGUCGCUAAAGCUCUAGAAAAUGCUGCUAACAUGAAACCCUGAAGAUCUUCAGUCUUGAGCGUCUGUGAUUCCUCCCGAGCGUCUGUGAUUCCUCCCGAGCGUCUGUGAUUCCUCCCGAGCGUCUGUGGUUCCUCCCGAGCGUCUGUGAUUCCUCACGAGCGUCUGUGAUUCCUCCCGAGCGUCUGUGGUUCCUCCCGAGCGUCUGUGGUUCCUCCCGAGCGUCUGUGGUUCCUCCCGAGCGUCUGUGGUUCCUCCCGAGUGUCUGUGGUUCAUGUUCUGUAUUAUUAUAAUGAAUUUGAAUAAAGGUUCUUCAUGCUG